GCAGAUAUAAUCUUAUGAAAAUAUGAGAGUUAAUCCUAAAAGAUACAUUUUCUACAUGACUCUCAUUACUCUGACACUGAUUACUCUGCAUAUAUCCAUUAACAUAUGUAUAGCGGAAUUCAACUUAAAUUAUACUCCCAUCAUGGAAAUGCUUAAAGGUAAUGAUUUCCAAAACGUUGCCAUCAUCCAAGAAACAGAGCACAAAGGGAGGAAUAAGAACAUACUUAUACUUUCUUAUGCAAGGUCUGGUUCUUCAUUCACAGGCGACCUUCUUAGUGCACUUCCAAAUACUAUGUACUAUUUUGAACCAUUCAAGAUACUCAAACUAGAUGGACUGCAAGAGUUGCAGGUACAGGAUUAUGUGUGUGGAUUAUUUAAUUGCACUACUUCUCUGCAGAAAAGACUAAAAGGAAAUGGAUAUUAUGGAAUUCGUACCCGAAAUGUUGACUGUGUAAAUGCUGAAACUAAGGUGAUUAAAUCAAUCCGACUUCACAAGGAUGGAUUAGAGCCCUGGAUUUACUCUUCAGAUAUUAAGGUUGUUCAUCUUGUGCGGGAUCCAAGAGGUAUGAUAAAAUCAAUGAACUCCCGUUCAAGUGAUUUUAAGCAGACUUUGAAGAAUGUUUCACAGCUAUGCAAUACAAUUCAGGAUGAUGUUAGUCUGAAAGAUGGUUUAGGCUCAAGAUAUAUAAGAAUUCGGUACGAAGACUUAGUUGAAAAUACUGAAACCAAUUUGGAACAGAUUUACAAAUUCCUAGAACUACCUUAUUCUGAUCAGGUAAAGAAAGCUGUUUCCAAGCACAACAAUCCAAGGGUAAAAUCUGGAAAUGGUUUUUACGGUACUGUUCGAGAAAGCGGGUUCAGAACAGACUCCUGGAAAAUGGGUCUCCACUUGAAAGAAAUUAGGAUAAUAGAAGAACAGUGCAGCUCAAUAAUGGAGAAACUGAACUACACUAUAUUUAAUCCAGAACUCAAUUCAACUGAUAAAAAAGUCUAAAUAAAUUAGUUAAACAAGUUAAUUUUGUGAAAUAUUUUCUGUUUUAAAUCUGAAAACUACUUUUUCCCCAUUCUUCACUUUA